GCCAUUGCGACGAAAUGUUUGAACAUAGGAUUUCUUGAUUAUUUCAGAAAAUUCGAGCAGAUAGCUGGUUAUAUAGACGAACAUAUGGCAUGUAUUCCAUUGACAUUCAUGUUAGGAUUCUUCGUUUCUAUUAUCAUUCGUCGAUGGCGAGACACUUUCGAGAAUAUGGGUUGGAUAGAGAAGGACGAAUACAGAGUGCAGUGUAAAUACCAUCCAAAGAGCAAGAACACGAACAUGCGCCGCACUAUCAUUCGGUAUACGGUACUUUCACAGGUCCUCGUUUUCCGUGACAUUUCGAUGAGAGUCCGAAGAAGAUUUCCAACAAUGGAUUCUCUCGUAGACGAGAUCGAGAAUUUCCGUACCAACUUGGCUCUUCUGUGCAAUUUUGACUGGGUCCCCGUUCCUAUCAGUUAUCCUCAAGUCGUUUUUCUCGCGGUUCGCUCAUAUUUUGUGCUGUGCCUUGUAUGUCGACAGUUUUUGGUCGGGGAUGAAGUGGAUAAUCGUGACGAUAUCGAAUUUUAUGUGCCAUUUAUGACCCUACUCGAGUACACCUUCCUCGUCGGAUGGAUGAAGGUUGCUGAAGGGCUGUUGAAUCCACUCGGGGAAGACGAUGACGACUUCGAGUGCAGCUUUGUCAUUGAUAAAAAUAUAACCACUGGUUUUUACAUAGUCGACAAUGAGUAUGGAGCAUGUCCAGAUCUAACCCCUGAUCGCUUCACUGAUCCUGAAUAUAACCCCAUAUUCUUCGAUGACAGUGAGUUUCAUGACGGUGGUGGAGUACUCAUGGGAUCGGCUGAACAGCACAGGUUUUAA